CAGCAUUUUACAUGUCACGUGUCUGUUGAUUUGAUCAACAAUCGUUAGAUUUGGAUAUAACACCCAUGUUAUCUCACUAAUUUGAUGGUGAGUGGUGGAAUUUUGCACACGAUUGUUUCUUCUUUUAUGAUUGGAUUCUAUAGAAUAUUGUGAUAUUUGUAUAGAACAUGGGCGUACAAGGGCUUUUGUCGUUUAUGAAUCGAAAUGAUUAUUUCAAAAUUCAUCAAUUAAAAGACACGGUUCUGGUCAUCGAUGGGUAUAACUUAGUUUACCAACAAUUUUUCAAAUAUCAACAAAAUGUAAAUGAUCAUAUGUAUGGUGGAGAUUAUGAUCAAUUGGCUCGACAUGUUCAACAGUUUUUCAAGAGUCUUCUAAAAUGUAACAUCCAACCGAUCGUUGUAUUUGAUGGAGCGAUUGAUCCAUCAUUGGAAAAAUUAAAAACGUUGCUCAAACGUGUCGAUAUAGCGUUGAAUAAUGCCCAUAAGAUCUAUGCCAAUAAUUAUUUCAUUGAAGGUGUUAUGCCUUUGUUGGCCGACAGUAUCUAUAGGUUGCAAUUGGAACGUCUUGGUAUUCCAGUUUUCCAGACCUGUUAUGAAGCGGAUCAAACUAUCAUACAAAUUGCUUAUGAUCUUGAAUGCCCCAUUCUUUCUAAUGAUAGUGAUUUUCUUCUAUUUAACCUUCCAGCUGGUAUUGUAAAUCUUCAAUCAUUAUUCGAUUUCGAUGUGGUCGUUAAUCGUGAUUCUGAUGAUCAUUAUUAUAUUAGAUGUCGUUAUUAUUGCGUCGAAAAUCUUAAACGACCAUAUCCAAAAAUUAAUCUGGAUCUUGUACAAAUUAUUGGAUUUAUGUUGGGUAAUGAUUAUGUGGAUAAUGAAACUAUGGCAAUGUUUACCCGGCGAAUAUCGUCACAUAAAGAUCGACAAAAAUUAAUCAACGAUGUUUUCAUAUGGAUCGCCAAACAUGACACAUUAAAGUCAUUGAUCGGUCAUAUGGGUGUCAUUUUGAGAAACACUGAUCACCAUUUAAUCGAAAUCAUUAAGAAACAUUAUUUGCUAUUGGAAAGGUCCAUUCAUACUCAAAAACCAAUCGAUCAUCGAACUUAUCUUGAGGAAAAUAUAUCUAGAUUGUUCAUUGAAAAUAUUAAUAUUCCAAGGUGGAUGCGAUCUAAAUUUGUUCAUAAACAAAUUCAUUGCCGCCUAUUGUCAAUCAUUAAUGCCCGUAUCGAUUGGUGUCGACCAUUAGUCGAGGAUUUUUCCUACCCACAAUCAUCAUAUGAGACUGCCAAUGAAUUGUUGCAAUGUAUAUACGGUAUUCUGAGAUCACAAGAUAAAAACACAGCAAAAAUUAAAAGAUAUUGUCGUAAAAAUAUGGAAUUCAAAGCACAUGCUAUAACACCGAUUAUUAACAUGGAGAAAAAGUUAUUGCCAAAAUUAUCAGCUAUCGAACAAAUGGACUCUCAAGAACGAAAAAGUCUUUUCUUCCAGAUUCUGCAAAUAAAACCAGAAGUCUAUGAAUCGCUUAUGAAGCUUUUAGAUCGUCUAAAAACGUGUUGUUCAAUUGAUCAUUCAACGAUAAUAAUUCCAUUUUCAUCUAUGUUACUUGCUCUUCUGUAUAUGUUGCGUAAUUUUCCUGAUCAUAUCUGGCUUGAAUUCGUGUAUGCCAUCUUCAUGAAUAUAUGGUUCACUGGUUAUCUUUGCCAUGGUACAAAUGGACCAAUAUUUCUCAAAUUAGAUUCGAUAAGUCGUCAAACGAUUCAAAAUAACCUCAUUCAAUUUAGUUCGUUACCUGUUUUAAGCUGUUCAAAAGUUUAUAUGCCACGAUUAGUACAUUUUUACAAUUCAUUUCAAACAUGUGUGGACAAUAUCGAUUUUCUUGGCCAAAUUUUCAAUCUGAAACAUAUAUUCAAUGCCGACAUUAUGUUAUGUGCAUUGAAAGGAACUUUCAUCUACAACCUUACAGCUGAACUAUGCUCGCGACCAAAACCCUUUCUUUAUAUUCAACAAUUACUCCAGAGACAAAAAUUUAAACCGUUAGACAUUCUCAUCGAAAUGUUUAAUCUUAUUUUACAUGAAAGUGAUAGAUAUAUGUUAGCCAAAAACCGUUUAUUGGCCGAUUCAGAUAUUGUUACCAAAAGUUUAAAAUGUAAAAUCACAAAUACAAUUACGCCAAAUAACAAAUAUUUUGUUCGAGCUUUCGAUUUUACAUCAAAGAAAACCCAUGUGAAUAGCCAAAAAUUAAAAUUGCACAAGUGAACUUAUUAUGAA